AAGUCACUUAGCCAUACACUUAGCCAGACACUUAGCUAGACACAUAGUCACAGCAACAGUAACAAUUGUACGUAAUAGAAGUCGAACUAAUUGCCUUAAUCAGCGGCAGAAACACACAUAAACAUCCCAGCCAAAUACCACCCCCAUUAAAUACUACUCCACAAGAUGGUAGAGGUGGACCGUCAAACAUUGCUCUUCUUCAUAAUAAUGUUCAUCUUUCUAUCGUUGCCUAGUGGACAUGACCAGCCUCAUUCCACUAAGGAACGAGAGACAUUGGUGACGUUUCAGCAACAGCUUCUAGAUGCGGAAGAAGAGCUAGCGCUAUCGCAAUAUUCCUUAGGCUAUGGUAAUAUCACGGGCUUUCAUUUGUCAUAUCAGGAUUUACUCGAUGGCAAAUCGGCUAAAGACUGGCCUCUACAUGAUUAUGGAUCAGAUAAUGAAUGGAUAGAAGAUCAAAAGGAUUCCAUAUUACCUAACUCAGUUAGUAGUAAAGUCAAGAACUGGUGGGGAUCAGAAAGAAUCAAAGAUCACGAUAAUGAUCGAGCAUAUCUCUUGAAUAUUUCAGGAAGAGCCCAUGGAGAGUUUCAAAAAGUGAAGGAUGAUGAUUUGGUCAAGUACAAUUUCAAACUUCCACCAUAUUUAAAGGAAUAUUAUGAUAAUGCUAUGCAAAUUGGUAAUGGGAAUGGUAAUGAUGCUUCAGGAUAUGAUGAAGAAAAUGGAAAUAAGGAGGAUGAUAAAAGGAGUAAUAAUGAUAAUAUAAUAACUAAAGUGGGUAAUAUCACAGUACCUAAUGGGAAAAUCUCCAUUGGAAUUAAAAGUUAUGGGUAUAACUUUAUUAAUCCUGAUUUUAGUAAGUAUAUUCAGAAUAAGACUAGUGAUGAAAUUGAUGAUGCUAUGGUAAUUAAUUUGAAAUUGAAUUUAAAAGAUUAUGAAGAAAUAGAAGAUCAUGAAUUUGAAACAAGAGGGAUCUAUUUCCAGGAAACCGGAUCUUUAAUAUCAGUCAGUAGAUCCGCCAAAUUUCUUGGAUUUCAUGGAUUAAGUCAUUUAACAUUAAAUGAUUCAAAUUUUAUUAAAGCCAAGACAUUAAUGAGUCAAUUCUUAAAUACAAGUGAUAUAAGACAUGAUUUCUCAAUGGAUGAUAUGAAUGGGUAUAUCAUUAGAAGUCAAGAACAAUGUGAGAUUAUUACAUAUUUCCAAUUUGAAAAGACAGAUUAUACUUGGAAUCAAUUGAGAUUUAUUGAUGAUGAAUUAAUAAAUCCCAGUGGGAAACCAAUCCCCAAUGAAUUACCAAAUCUUACCAUUAAGGAUUACUUAAUUUACUCUCCAGAUUGUGGGAUUAUCUUAACCAAAACUCCUGAAAUACCCUUUGUAGGCUUGAAAUCUGAGGUAUUGAAUAAGAAGUUAAGAUCAUUAUUGGUGGGCAUUCUAUUAUUGGUAUUUAUUCAAUUAUUACUUUUCUUAAGACAAAUUAAGAAUGCUAGAACUCCUGGACAAUUAAGUACUAUUGCCAGUAAAACAUUAUUUAUUAUUGGAUUUCAAGAUUCAUUGGUGGCAUUAAUGUUUUUAUUGGUAUCUACAUUAAUUGAAGAUUUAUAUUUAUUAAUAGCUUGUGUUGCAGUUAUAGCAUUUAUUAUGUGUGGGAUCUUUGAAUUGAGAUUUAUGGUUAGUGUUUUAACUACUCAAGUUAAUGAAAGAGGUACUACUUGGUGGGAAAUUUUAAGAGGUAGUACUAAUGGUGGAGAAACCACUACUGCUGAAGGUACUACAACACCUACAGAUAAUGGAUCAGGACCAAUCUUACCAAUAGCCAAUCCACCUCGUCCUCCACCAACUACAACCACAACUACAACUGCAACCACAACUCCGGCUGGUCCAGGGUGGGAAGAAGCAUCAUUUUCCAACAGUAUAUUUGCAGGAGGAUUUUCUUUAACUAUAGUGGCUACAUUUUUAAUAUUGAAUUCUUUAGUAUGGAGAAUUCAAUAUAGAAGAAUCUUUGAAUAUGUUGGAUUAAUAUUAUUGAAUUCAUAUUGGAUUCCUCAAUUCUUCCGGAAUACAUUAAAGAAUAAAAGACAAUCAUUUACUUGGGAAUUUGUUUUUGGAACUAGUAUUAUUCGAUUAAUUCCUAUAUACUACUUUAAUUUGGUUAAGAGUAAUCCAUUAAGACAUCAUUAUGAUCCUGUAUUAGUGGCAGUUACUACAAUUUGGGUAGUUUUCCAACUUACAUUAUUAGUAUUACAAUAUCAAUUAGGACCUAGAUUCUGGGUUAAUGAGAAAUGGUUACCUAAGGCUUAUGAUUAUCAAAGAGUUAUUCAUUUCAAAGAUCUUGAGUCAGGUUUCUCCAGUGAGAUAUUAAAUAGUAUUAGUUCUAGUGCCAAAGUUCCAACUACCGGUGGCAGAGAAAGUCCAACUUCAUCAAUUUCCGGUGCCGAUAUUAUUGAGAGUAAAUGUACAUGUCCGAUCUGUAUGACGGAUAUUACUUUACCUAUAGUUAAUACUAUAAAUGAUAAAAAUGGAGUUAGUGAGAAUGAAUUAAAGAAGAUGAAAAAGACCUACAUGAUAACUCCGUGCUUUCACAUCUUUCAUAAUGAUUGUUUAGAAAAUUGGAUGAAGUAUAAGUUACAGUGUCCUGUAUGUCGGGAGAGUUUACCACCGAUAUAGACUAAUGGUAUAGAAGUAAGUAAGUACUAAUAAAAUAAAGUGAGAUAAUAAUGAACAAGCUUUUUCUAU